AUGAGAAUCGAAGAGUUCCAAAGGAUGCUGAAGGCCAACAGCGAUCAGCAAUCUCUUCCUACGCCGCCCGAAGAAUCUAUCUUGGGGGCCGCAGUCGAGAGUCAUCUUGCACCAACGCAUACCCCUGGCAUUUCUUUACUGGUUUAUGAACGCUUUCUGGAGGUUUUCCACCUACGCUUAUACUCGGUUUGGCCGGUUGUCUCCUAUGAUGAACUCAUCGCAGCCCUAAGGAACAAUCAAGAAGACUAUGAAUCAUACUCCCUUGCCGCGGCUCUAUGCGCUGCUGUCAUUGCUCAAUUGCGACUGCCCGAGCAUAUUGUGCCUUUCAAUGCCGUUUCUUCCUCUGAAAUGGUGGCAGAAUCUCAAAGGCUCAGACAGCUUUUCGAGUAUCAAGAAAAUUACUCGAUGACAUCUCUUUUAACCUCGUUCUUCCUGCAUAUCUACUUUGCAAACGCUGAGAAACUCCGCACGGCCGGAUUCUAUCUACGAGAAACUCUUACCUACGCACACGGCCUCAAAUUACACCAGCCCGACAAUUAUGCCGACAUGAACUUCAGGGAGCAUCAAUUGAGGCUGCGAAUAUACUGGAUUUUGUUUGUCUCCGAACGAACAUAUUGUGUCCAGAAUGGGUUGCCAACUACAUUAAGGCCGAUUAACGAGUUUCCGAGCGCCGAUCCCAUAGAGGGAUAUGACGGUGCUCCGCUGCCAGCAUUCAUUGCUCUAAUACGAUUGUUCACCUUUCUUGAUGGCGAUAUCCUCGAGCCCACACCCUCGUCAGCCACUGUUUCAAUUCAGGGAGCGCCAAAAAAUCAGAUAUCAGCCCUCCAGCAUGAUCUCACCCAUCAUCCACUUAGUGAAGAGCUAGAUGAAUCGCAGAGGGUGGAUAUACUCGCCACUCGGAAUUGGAUUCGGAUACUGCUCUGGCAGUACACAAUUACCCACUUCCCGGUGUCAUGUCAUGCUAAGGACCAGGCCUUCUCGGCAUUGCUUCCGGCGGCAAUUGCACAUGACACGCUUUCCGUACUUGAAAAAGUGUCUUGGAAGUCCAUUCAGCCUCAUGGAUAUGGCAUGGAACUCAAGAUAUUUCGAAUAGCGGACUGCUUGUUGGACGUCCUCCUUUGCGCGCCUAACUCAGCCGGGACGCGAGGUCUGCUGAUGGAUUCAAGGCAGUCCCUGCACUUGCUGGAGAAGGUUCUUGCUGACUUUGGGGGGACGGACUCGCAUUUCUUCGCUACAUUGCAGAAAAGGAUGGUCAAGUCCCAGCUUCCUGUCCCGCAUGCAUUGCAGAAUGACCUGCAAAUUUCACAAUAUUCCGAAGCUGACGAGAAAAAGAUGUCUACGAAUGGGACACCUGAUAUUAGUAACGGUCUAGUCGGCCAAACGGAAUGA